UUUGAAGAGAAAUGGAAUUUUCCCCACUGCGUCGGUGCCAUAGACGGCAAACAUAUAGACAUAGUUCCUCCAGCGGAUUCCGGAUCAUAUUAUUACAACUAUAAAGGCAGACACAGUAUGGUACUUUUUGCAAUAGUGGAUGCUAAAUAUCGGUUCCUUUUAGUGGAUUUUGGGACCAAUGGGCGUGUUUCUGACGGAGGUGUUCUUCAAAAUACUAAGUUUUAUGAAACGUUACAGAGUGAUGAACUUAAGAUCCCAAAACCAUGCAAUGUUACUGAACAUUUCAAAGAGGUGCCUUACGUGUUUGUGGCAGAUGACGCAUUUCCCCUGUCAAUUAACAUGAUGAAACCUUUCAGACAAGCACAACUAGAUUCAGCUGUAAAAGAAAUCUACAACUACCGAGUUUCAAGGGCAAGGCACGUUGUCGAGAAUGGGUUUGGAAUACUAGCCUCCAGAUUUCGCAUAUUCCAUACUCAAAUCAAUUUGGAGCCAGAGAACAUAGUAAAGGUAGUAAUGGCAACAUGUGCAUUGCAUAAUUUCUUGAUGCAAACACACCCUACCAUCUACGCUCCACCAAACAGUACGUAUCAAGAGAAUGACGAUGACGCUACUACUAAUGCUGGGUUAGAUACCAAUGAAUCGAAUAUGAUUGCAUUACAACGAGCGAGCUUAGGGAAUGUAAAUGUGGCCGCCAAAAAUCUCAGAGAGGAGUUUGCUACCUACUUCGUCAAUGAAGGCCAAACUUUCAUGGCAAGACCAACGUGUUCUUCGAAACAGAAAUUUAAGUUAAAGACAGUACGUAUCAAGAGAAUGACGAUGACGCUACUACUAAUGCUGGGUUAGAUACCAAUGAAUCGAAUAUGAUUGCAUUACAACGAGCGAGCUUAGGGAAUGUAAAUGUGGCCGCCAAAAAUCUCAGAGAGGAGUUUGCUACCUACUUCGUCAAUGAAGGCAAACUUUCAUGGCAAGACCAACGUGU